AUGGUCAGCAACCAUUUUGCCCACGUGGCAGAGGUUCUCCCCCACAAUGGGGACCUCAGGUGGAAAACUGAACUAGCAAAUGUGAUUGCAGCAAGUACUAGGAACCAUUAUGGAGUAAGGAGUAUGAUUGUUGAAGCCAUGAACAAGGUUGAAAGGAAAGGUGUUGUGACACUAGAAGAGGGAAAAGGUGUUGAAAACAAUCUCCGUGUGGUUGAAGGAAUGCAAUUUGACUGUGGUUAUACCUCUCCUUACUUUGUUUCUGAUAGUGAGAAAUUGGUUGUUGAGUAUGAGAACUGUAAGUUACAGCUAGUUGAUGAAAAGACAACACAUUCAAGAGAUCGUGUCAAUAUCCUGGAAGAUGCUAUCAGAAAUGGUUAUCGAAUUUUAAGCCAAAGAAUUGAGCAACAAGCUCUGGAUACACUUGUUGUCCAUAAGCUUAGAGGUGCCCUAAAGGUUGCUGAAAACUUAAAGCUCAUGGUUUUGGUGAGCGAAAAAGCUAGUGUCUUGAUGACGAAGCAACCCUUUCUAGAGGUAUCUCUUACUCCUUCAAAAGUGUUUUUAUAUUUCAUAUUCACAAGAAAGUUAAAUGCUGAAAUUUUCAAUCUGAAAGAGGCUGCAAGAGUGUUGUUGGCUCUUCAUUUGACAACUAUUAAGAUAACAACAGUACAUUUUAUCUGA